AUGGAAAACUCCAAAAAAGUGGUGAUGAGUUCGAAGCCAACCGGCACGUCAAACUGGAGAAUAAAGUGAGUGCACUGUCCGCUAAUUCAUCAAAAUGACGUAAAAUUCAUCCAGACUGCACAGUGUUCUGCGGUAUCCGAUGAGAAGAACGGGACCAGCUAUUGUCGCCUCGACUCUUCUUUAUAUUGCAGUUUAUAAUGUCGGAGUCAGGUUAAGAUACAAAAAUUCCUUUAAAAAACAACCAAAAAUGUUGAGAUGGUGGAAAGGAGACAGACAUCCGGUUAAUCGGUGUAUGUGGAGGAUUCAGGAGCAGGAAGGAACACUCGAUCCAAUUCUCAGAGCGAAGAAACAGGCGGUACUCCCACCUUACCACUUGGUUUGCCAAUUUAUCUAUUUCCAGGUUCUCUCCUACCAAGAGGACCGGUUCUAUCACCCGAGGGACACCGAACCCAAUCUCGGCGUUUAA